AUGAAUUGGUAUAUGAAAUUAUUUGAACUUGGGGCAGGAACAGGAACAGAAACUGGGACUGGAACAGGCACAGGAAACGGGACAGGUCCUGGGACUGAAACAGGAACGGGGACAGGCACUGGGACCGGAACAGGAAGUGUGACCUGUACAAAAACGAGCCCUUGUUUGGUAUUGGAGGAUAAUUUCGACUUUUUCAACCACGAGGUGUGGGAACACGAUAUUACUACAGGAGGAGGCGGGCAUUGGGAGUUUCAAUACUACAUAAACAAUAGAUCCAACAGCUAUGUCAAUAAUGGAGUGCUCUACAUCAAACCGGUAGAUCGGUUUGGAGAACAGUUCCUCAAGUCAGGAACACUGGAUCUUUGGGGUUCCUGUACCAAUAACGCCUGGUACGGAUGUAGUCGCACUGGGUCCUCGAACAAUAUCAUCAACCCAAUACAAUCAGCUGGACUCCGCAGCUCAAGAGGCUUCAACUUCAAGUACGGAAAGGUCGAGGUCAGGGCCACCAUGCCCGCCGGGGAUUGGAUAUGGCCUGCAAUAUGGAUGUUACAGACACAAUAUGCUUAUGGCCAAUGGCCAGCCUCCGUUGAAAUUGAUAUUGUGGAGAGUCGGGGUAAUCGUAACUACCAGAGCUCUGGCGGUACCCACAAGGGCGUGGACAGCUUCGGCAGUACGUUACAUUACGGCCCCAGUUACGCCUACAACCGCUGGUAUACGGCACAUGUCUCAAAAACUAUUAACAGUGGAACACUGGCAGAUGAUUUUCACACGUACGGAAUUGAGUGGACAGCGGAUCAUAUCAUGUUUUUCUUCGAUGGCGUAGAAACGUUAGACGUGUCCCCUCCGUCUAAUGGAGGCUUCUGGAAAUAUGGCAAUCUAGAUCAGACAGGUGUCGAGAACCCAUGGCGUGCUGAUAGCUAGAUGGCGCCAUUCGACCAAAAGUUCCACCUGAUCAUGAAUGUAGCGUUAGGAGGAGUAACCGGUUUCUUCACGGACGCUGAUAUCAACUCACCUCAUCCCAAACCGUGGAGUGAUUCGUCCUCACAAGUCAACGCCAAAAAUAGUUGGUACCCUACAUGGAACCCUUAUCAGCGUAGUGGGGAAGACGCUGCCAUGAAAAUGGACUAUGUGAAAGUGUGGCAACUGGACGCCACCGUGUAG